AUGAAAUGCACCACCUUUCUCGUCGCUGCCAUCGCGUUGCUCGGUGUCGUCACUUCAGCCGACCAACCUGUCGUGAAAACGUCCGCGGAGGCGCUAGAGAAGGUCCAGGCAUCCGCUUUACCAGCUGGCGUCACACUGACCGGAACAACGGAGAAGAUCGACCCACCUGCUUCAGCUGCUGCGGUUGCCACCAAGGAAGCCGACGUCCGUGAGAGCAAGCAUGUUGGCAAGAACAACAUGGAUGAGAAAGAAGACGAUGACGACAAGAAGGAGUUCUUUGGCGGAGGCCUCGGUGGUUGGGGCGGCCUCGGUGGUUGGGGCAAUUGGGGCGGCUGGGGCGGCUACGGACCCUACCGCUUCGGCUUUAUGUACGGCGGGAUCGGCGGCUGGGCGUACCCGUUGGGUUACUGGAACACAUUUGGUUCGGGUCUAUUCGGUGGUGGAUGCGGCCUCGGCAUUCCUUUUGGCGGUCUUUAUUACUGCUAA